AUGCCAUCGGUCGUGCUUUGCUUGGGAGUUCUUGCCAUGUCGGAAUCCCUCAAGUGGCUCAUCAUGAAGGUCCGCUUGGGCAAAAUGAAGCGCUUAUUCGCUAAGACCUCCAACUCCGAGAAGGAGGUCGUACUCGGGCUUGUCAACAUCAAGAAAACUGUCGGCAUACUUGAGGAGUGCAACAACAACAUGCAUCGCCGGGAUGAUCUUCUCACUCGGCUCCCUCAAAACGUGCCUCAUCACAUUGAGCACAACUGCUCAAAGCUCUCUUGGGCGGUGGGCAUGCGCAUCACCACGCUGUUUGUUUUUGUGCCCUCCUUCUCCAUCAGGUUGGGGCGAAUCGCGGGCUUAUACAACUCAGGGAUGUUUCCACAGAGGUUGCGUGCACAUGGGUACAUAAUCGAUGUCGGUGGAAAACAUAUGGUGCCUAUAUUGUUAUGGAUAACGUACCUAUCGUUGUCCAAGGCGAUCACCCUUGGUGGGACCAUUUUAUUGUUUGCGGGGAUCAUGAUCCUAGUUCUUUCCUUCGAUGCCGCGCUUACAAUGACGCCAUGUGCCAUGAGUGUUCGAAUUCGGGAGCCUGACAUGAUAGGUGAUCUAAACCAUUCGUGA